AUGGCUUGCAAAGCAUGCCAUGCACAAAAGUUGAAAUGCAACGGCGGCACACCAUGCGAACGCUGCCAGUUACGUCGUAAAGAAUGUGUUUAUCCCGUCAGAGAUAAAUUCAUACACGUCCCAGAGAGCUAUUUGCGUCACUUGGAGAGGGCACAGCGAGGAGCAGCCAUAGCGCCUUCAAGCCCGGGCCUUCUUCCAGAGCCAGUCCAUAGGGAGAGUCAUAAUUUCGCAUCUCCAAUAUCUCCAGAAAAGCGUAGUCGAGCAGUCAAGGAGGAACUCCUAGAAGACUGUAGUCCGGAGUUUUUCGUUCGGAGGUUGAAACAAUUAUCCUGGGCAAACACACACACUGAUGGCGAGUUCAAAACCUCUGCCACCGCCGUUUCCGAGAGUUACACAUACUCCCGUUUGGAUUUCGACUUUCUGCAACCCGAGGUCUCGUUCCGACUUCCGCCUCGGCCAUAUGCUUUUCUCUUAUUGAAAGCUUUUGAAGAAGGAUUUAGCGAAUAUCACUGGUUCCGUCGAAAGAGAUUUCAAGAACGCCUAAUACUGACCUACUCUGAUCCAGACUCUCAGUCUCACGAUCGCAACUGGUUGUGCAGAGUCUCCGUGGUACUGGCGUUAGCAGAGAGCUUCAACCGGUCGCGAAUGACUUCAUCAACCCAUUUGAAAGUCGCAGGGCAACAGCCGUCAAGCAACGCAGGAAUAUCGGCUACCCUCGAUUCUGUGUCGCCUCCUCUCUUCGACUUGGCUCAUCCAUCGCAGUCCCUCCCACUGCCUCCCGGGUCUGAUUUCUUUGAUCAAGGCUUGAAGCUGCUAAAAAUGUCGCAUGAAGAACCAGUACCGGAGGAUGUUGAAGCAUUGAAUUUGAUUGCAUUCUACUGUUACUCACUGAACCGACGCAAGACAGCAUACUCGUACGCCAGCCAGAGCGUCGCACUAGCUAAGCUCCUGCAACUACACAAACCUCGCGCGUUGCCAGAAUCCACGACGGAACGUGAAAGCGUCUGCAUGGAAAAUGAACAUAGAAAAAGGCUGUGGUGGACAUCCUAUUGCAUGGAUCGAAUGAUUAGUCUAGAACUGGGUGUUACUCCGACACUUGCAUCCGUACCUGAGGGAAUGAAGCUUCCCAGCUCCUUUGGUCUCACUCCUGAGCAGUCGGAAGAGUUCUCAGAUCCUAGCCUGUUGACUGCAUCCAUUCAGCUCUGCGAGAUUAAACGUAACGUUAUUGUGACUGCUGCACAGCAUGGCGACAUUGACGAUGAGAAGCGCUUAGAUGCUAUUAAGCCUUGUAUCGACAUGUUGCAGCAGUGGAGGGCUGGCUUGCCACAGGCCAUGGCCUUUAGUUUUGAUGAUGACCUGCCAACGAGGCUGAUGGAGGCCCAGUAUGGCCGAAUACUAGCGUCUAUUUACCUAAGAUACCAUCAGUGUUAUAUUCUGCUCCUCAGACCGCUAUAUCUUCAGAAACUUUCAUCGAUAUUACAGCAGCGGCGGAUGAGCAUUCAACAAUUCAAUAGUAGUCGCCAUAUAGUCCCAUCGGUAGCAGUAGAAGAUGACCCUAUGAAUGCUGUCAAAAUUCAAUGCCUUCAAGCAGCACGCAAUAACUGCAAGAUUCUACUUGGCCUCUGGAACUAUGACAAGAUUGCAAAAUUCGGCUAUUGGGAGUCGCUCCAUCUUUUCUCGGGCUUGGCUAUUCUUGUCUUAGCCCGCGUGUCCGUUGAUCGGACAGAACAACUCUUCCCUCCUGCUGAAGAUGACACGGCACUAUACACUAGAACAAGAGCCCUUCUCAGUGAAAUGGCCUGUGUCGGAAACCCAGCAGCGAAAGAUCACGAUGCUUUGCUAUCCGAUGUUGAGGCAAUGGUGAAGAGAGUCUCAGAAGAGGAGAAGUCGACGUCUCAGGUAAUCGUGGGGACCGAGGACAUGAAUGUGUCUCUGAACUUUCCGGAACUUAAUUUUGCGGACCUGGACAGCGAGCAGAGUAUAUGGUGUGAUGCAGAUUGGGAAAGCAUACUGAGUACAUACACCCAAGGCAUAUAG